AAAAGGAAAAAAAAAAAAUUAAAAAGUACUCUUUCUCUGGAUCCUGCUCAGCAAAUGACGUGGCUGUGGGGAGGAUGGAUGUGUACUCCUUGGGGGGAAGAUGCCCCAGCAGUUGAGGAAUUAUUGGUGUCUCCAAGAGCUGGUGCUGCCCCUUUUUAUCAGUGCCAUUGUUCUCUGGAGAGCCAGCCAAGAGUCAGCAAUCCAUGCUUUGGAGAUGCCUGGCUGGGGGAUGCUCUUUGGGGUCUCAGCUGUUUUUCCAGCCUGGGAGGUUUAUCUUUAUGCUUUUUGCCCUGCCCCACAGUGUAUUCUUUUGGGAGGGGUUUUCCCGAGCUGGGUGGGUUGAGGAGUUAUUUGUGCCCCUUGACUGAGGGUGGAGAGAGAGCAGAAAGCUGAGCCAGUGGGGUAUUAGGACUGCCCAUCCCUCUUUUAUACCCUUCCUCCACAAUCUUGGGAGACUAAGCCAGUUUGGGUUAAAAUUCCUCUUCUCUAGUCCCAUCAGGUGGUACCUGAAGAAUCAUUUCUCAAGCCUGUCAGUUUUCCCACCUGCAGCAGUGGCACAGCAUCCUCACGGCUGCUUCAGCUGCUCAUCCAGGGCUUGGGUUUCCUACCACCAUGGCAUGCACCUCCCUGAAGGCUGCUGUGAGACCCAGGGCCUCUGUAAAAUGUGGGCUUUUUGUUUUUUCUUGCAGGGCAAGAGUCCUUUGGGGGCAGCCCAAGCCACAUUUUUCAUAGGAAACUACAGGGGAAAAAAAAACAACCAAAAAAACCAACUUGCUUUGCAGUUUCUGGGCUCGCUCCCCAUUUUUAAGCAGAUUUUUGAUUUGUUUUGGCUUGGUGCUUUUGGAAGAGAAAUGGAACUUGUGAUGAGAUGAGGUUUGGAAAUGAAAGGGAAACCAGAAGAGUUUUGCAGGGAGUAUUAAGAAGUUCCCGGUGCCGGUGGGUCUCAGUGUGCAGUGCUCAAAUGCCAUCUAGCGGCACCAAGCACAGGUUGGGGGUUUUGGGGUAACCGUGGUGGGCUGGGCAAGGCCAAGGGUCCAGUGGGGACACUGGGGACACUGGGCCUGUCUGGCUUUGCAACCCAACAGCAUCUGUGAAGAUCUCUGGGGUGUAAUAUUUAGAGUUAAAUGUUAAGUGGUGUAAUAAGGAGGUGAGGCCUGAGCAGGAGGUUAUGAAACGCAUCCAAAAGAGACCUCAGGACAUGGGACAGGGGUCAGAGCAGAGGUCAGUACAGAAACCCUUUGCACCACCCAGAGCUAGGGAUGCUGUCUUCCCCUCCGUGGGCUUUCUAUGCACAACUCACACAAAAUAGCCCAAAUCCUGCUCUUCACUCACCAAGAAGACUUUUCUGGGUGAAAAACAAAGACGCCCAGGGAGGAUAAGCCUAAACAUGAUCAGAGAGCCGCUCCUCUGCCCACUGGAGUGAGUGGCUGUGCUGUGCCAGGGACCCCAGCCAGCCAGAGGGGAACCUGUGCUCUUCAAACAGGCACUGGAGUCUGGUUGACACCCUACAUUCCUACAGAGCCCCCUUUUCCUGUGAUUACUCCCCUGCCAGCUGCUCUCCUGGCAGGCCUGGCUGACAACCCCUGAAAUCCUAUUAACCGAGUUUCAGGAGAAGUAAAGUUAAUCACCUCCUCCACCUGCUCUUCCUCCUUUCCCUUCUCCUCCUCCCAGCACAGAGACUUGCAGAGGCGGCCGAGCUGAUGCUGUGAGGCCACUCUGGCUCUCGUGGCUGUGCCCAUGGCCUGGGCUUGGUAGGGGCUGCAGGGCAGGACGGAGCCGUGCUGGGAGCGAUGCCGCUGCAGACGGAGAUUUUGCGCGAGGUCUGGGCUGCAGACAGCCCCAGUGAAGAGCCGGGAAGCCCCCAGCAGCACAAGCCCAAACAGAAGCUGAAGAAGAAGAGGCAGGAGCCUGGGCUGGAGCCCGAGGCCAAACCACGGCGGCCGCGGGUGAAGAAGCUAAGCGAGGCAGCGGCUGCACAGGAGCCUCCAGCCCCGGCACAGGGGGUGAAGAAGGUGAGGAAGAAGAAGGAGGAGAAGGGGGAGGAGGAGAGCGACAAGGAUCCCUCCUCCAAAUUCACCAAGGAGCCUCGGAAGAAGAAAGAAAGCCUGGCUCCCCGCUCCCAAGUGGCCAAAGGCUCCAAGAAGCCACAAGAGCCAGCUGAGGAUGAGGAUGAUGAGGAAGAGGAAGAAGAGGUGGAGAAUAAAAACCCACCGAAAAAGCUCAAGAAGAAGCUUCCCAAAGAGCCCCUCUCAGGUGGGGGGGAGAAGAAGCUGAAGACAAAGGAAGACAAGAGUGACCCUGACAGCAAAGCCAAAUCUGCCAAAAGCACCAAGAAGGAGCCAAUGUCCGUGUUCCAGGUGAAGAAGGAGAAGAAAAGCAAGAAGAAAGCUUCCACCAGCAGCGAUGAGGAGGAUGAUUCUGACUCCAGCACCAAACCCAUUAGGUCAGAGAAGAAAAACCCAGCAUCCCUCUUUCAGACUGGUGGGGACCCCCCAAAAGAGAAAAAAUCCAAAAAGAAAGUUCCUCCCAAAGGGGCUGAGAGCGAGGAGGAGACCCCAGAGACCCUGCAAAAAAACUCCAACAAGAAGGGGAAAGCAAAGAAAUCAAAGAAGCAGCAGAAGGAGGAGAGGCCCCCGUCCCCUGUCAUUGAGGUGGACAACCUGGAGGAGUUUGUGCUGCAGCCAGCGCCGCAGGGGGUGACCAUCAAGUGCCGGGUGACACGGGACAAGAAGGGCAUGGACCGGGGACUUUACCCCACCUAUUACCUUCACUUGGACAACGACAAAAAGGUGUUCCUCCUUGCUGGGAGGAAGCGUAAGAAGAGCAAAACCUCCAACUACCUCAUCUCCAUUGACCCCACUGACCUGUCACGGGGUGGAGAGAACUUCAUCGGGAAGCUGAGGUCCAACCUGAUGGGUACGAGGUUCACCGUGUUCGACAACGGCACCAACCCCGACAGGGCCAAUGCUGACUGGUCCAACGUACGGCAGGAACUCUCGGCCGUGGUCUACGAGACCAACGUUUUAGGGUUCAAAGGCCCCCGGAAGAUGACUGUCAUCAUCCCUGGGAUGAACGCUGACUGUGAGAGGGUGCCCAUCCGGCCCCGGAACGAUAACGAUGGCCUCCUGAUGCGAUGGCAGAACAGGAACAUGGACAACGUGAUUGAGCUGCACAACAAAGCCCCAGUGUGGAACGACGAGACCCAAUCCUACGUCCUCAAUUUCCACGGCCGGGUCACCCACGCCUCCGUCAAAAAUUUCCAGAUCGUGCACAGCAGUGACCCCGAGUACAUCGUGAUGCAGUUCGGGCGUGUGGCGGAUGACGCCUUCACCAUGGACUACAACUACCCCCUGUGUGCCGUGCAGGCCUUUGCCAUCGCCCUCUCCAGCUUUGACGGGAAGCUGGCCUGCGAGUAGCACCUGCACCAGCGGGGCUGCCUGCCCGUGCCCGGAGGAUGUUCCUGCAUCCCUGUCCUGUUCCGCUCCCUGCAUUUUCACCUUCUUGCAGUCACGGUUGUUCCUGGGGUGGUUCAAGGAAUCUGGUUCCCACCGAGGAUGCUCACCUGGCUGCAGCCACUCUCUCCAGGCAAAUUCGUGGCAAAUUGUUGGGCUGGGGUGAUGGCAGAGCCAAGCUGGAGGUAUAUUCAUAUUCAGCAGAGGCUGACUGCAAUCCCUGUCUCAUCUCUUUGGACUCAGAUCCUGGAAACUCAUCCCCACCCCGCUUUUAUUAUUUUUUUUUUGUAUGGUUUGGAUCUUUAUGCUCUUUCUCCCAGUGAGAAAGGAGUAGGUGGUCUCCCCACUUUGUGUUUUCUCAUCCCUACCCACAUGCAGGUGGGCUCUGCCUAAGCUCCCAGCUAAAGACCCCCAUCCUAGCUCAUUGGCCACCAGGCACAAAGCCCCUCUUUGGCCCCAUUUUGCCCUGGUGUGAGGGGAUGGCUGGUGCCCAUGGUGUGUUUGUACGCAGUGGGUCUCACCACACUGCCCAGAAAAUGCUGGGGAUUUGGGUCCCUAAGAAGCAGCCUGGCACCAGCAGCGCACAGGCACGUGCUGAGGGGUGACAGUGCCAGCAGAGGAGGGCUGGCAGGCACAUGAGACAGAGCUUGCACUGCUGGCAGGUGGCCCAGCUGGGUCAAUGCUGCCAGGAGAGACCUGGAAGAGAAAACUCAGGGUGCACCAGGAAGCAAUGGAGUGACUCAUGAGGUGUGGUGCGGUGCUGAGUCACGCUCAGCACCCAGACAGGCCCUGCUGAGCUCCCUGUGCCCUCAGCUUUCGCUGCUCCUCUGCUCUGUGACGCCCCUGCCGACCCCACGUGCCCAGAUGUCCCCACAGCUGCCUCACUGGUGCUCUCUGUUGACGAGAGAUGGACAGAAGGUGCCAUCCCCUGCCUCAGGCUGGUGGGGAGCUGGGGUGACACCAAUGCAAGGAGGCAUUGGGAAGGGGAGAUGCUGAAGAGAGGCAGCUCAGUGGGAGCAGGACCGCUCAUGCCCCCAGUUUCACCAGUUAUGGGGUGAGGAUUUGGCUGCACAAACAGUCCCAAAUCUGAUUAAUUCAGUGGUGAGAAAAACAGGGACAUGACAAGGAGCCUUGGAACACUGUCCUCAGCUCUCUGGUCACGUUUUUCUCACCUGCUCAGCUCUCCUGCUGACUCAUGUGGGAUUCCCUUCCCAGGACACAAAGGGGUUGCUCCCCAAUUCUGGGGUGAUACAAGCCCCCCAGGUUAAUGCAGCUGAAAGGCAGCUGCAGCAGAAAGGCUGAGGAGCAGAUGGAUGAGAUGGAUGUGAUUGUGCAAGAGGGAUGCUCAUCCUCUCUGGGCAGUGUCACAACAUCACCGUGGCCUGGCCUGUCUGCUUGGGGCUGAGGGCAGAUGACAGUGACAGGGGGACCAUUGGUGAACAUCUGCCCCUUUGCAGAUGGGAGUGGAGACUUUCCCCAGCUGUAUGAAUCUGGGCUUCAUGAUUCACAGGCAGAUGCUCGUGGUGGGGCAGGCAGAGGUGGACAGCUUGGGGACAAGCCAGCCUGCGUGGGACGUCACCCAUUAUACACACUCAGAGAACAUCUUGUGAGCCAGAGGGAGAACCAGCCACAGCAGUUCAGGGCCAGCAUCCCUGGUGAGGUAUGGCCAGCAAAUGUGGGGAAAGCAAGAGCUUUCUGCCCAAAUCCAGCCACAAACCCAACAUCUGUUUGAAAUCGGGACGAGCUCAGCUAACGGUUGAGCUAAUACUUGUCCCCAUUUCCUCCAAUGCAAGGAGAAAAGCAGCAGGGUGAGAGAGAGGGGUUUGGGCUCCCCAGGUUCUGUCUGCUGUUAUCCCCAGGUUGAUUCUCCCUCUCCUCACCUAAAACAUUUCCAUUUUCCAUUUGCCCGUUGUUGCCUGUAAACCCUUCAGGUUUCCUGGCCUGUUGCCCAUGGCAGAGCAAAGUCCCUGCCAUGGGUGUCCCAUGCAGUGUCACUCAACCUCAGAGCAGCCGCUGCAUCAGCCCACCCGAAAUCCCUUUUACAAACCCUCUAACUCAAACCAACUGUGGCAGAAGAAACAAAUGAAAACAAUUUAAUAGGGCGAUGGAUAUUUGGGCCCUUUGUUUGCGCUGGCUGUUAACACCAGAGGAGAUGAGGGAUGGAAGCAGUUGAAAUGUGUAUCUACUUUGGCCGGCGGAAAGUGUGACGGAUGCGCCGGCAGACCAAUGGCUGAGGAUGCUGGGGUGUGCGUGGGUGUGAAAGGAAUGCUCGCAGCAAGAAAAGAUAAAAAAAAGAAGAAAGAGCCUUAUCAAUGGUGUUUGAGUCCAAAGUGUGUGUAUUCCUUGGAGAAAGGGUUUCCUCAAUCCCCGGGGAUAAUGUUUUCCCUGCAAUGUGAGACUUUGAGGUUUCUGAAGCUUCAUUUUAGGGGCACUGGCACUGGGCUGGUGCUGCAGGCAUGGAUUUAACCCCACAAAGUGUUUGUGCAGGGGCACAAGCAUGGCCAGUGGCCAGAGGUGACUGUCGUCAGCUCCUCAAGGGAACCUCCUGGGAAAUGCGUUUUAUUUUUUCAGAGAUGCUUAUAAGGCAAAGGGGAGGAAAAAAAUAAGGCCCCACCUCGGUGCUGAACAGCGCAUCCCAGGCAGGAGCAGUGUCACUGCAAUGCUGGCAGCUCUCUCCGGGGUUCAUCCCCAUCCCAUGCUGAUGAGUGGAAAGAUGCUGCUCCAGAGCUGAGCAGGAAGGUGGAUGUGAGGGCUCUUCUCCAGCUGCUGGCUUCUCCCUCUUCCGCAGACGCCUGGGGUUUGGGGGGCUCCAUGCACCCAGUUCUGAGCCCCACUCUCUUGAGGGGGCUGAUAGAUAUUUCCAUGGGUCCCAGGAGGCAAACGUCCCAGCGGGAAGGAAGGAGGGAAGGGCUGGGACAUCCUGGGGGGUGCAGGAGGGGAGACCAGCCCUGGGAAACUCCUUGUCCAGCAGUGGAAGGGCUGGAGCUGUUUGGUUCCCAGCAAGCUGCCCUGGCCCCAGCCCUGCAGGAUCUCUCUCCAGCUUUGAAGUGGUGAUACUUUAAUUAAAAAAAGAAGUUAUUGUGACGAGGUGUUCUUCUGUUCCCUCCCCCUCCCCUUGUAUUUAUUUUGGUAACAAUUUUUAGAGGGAAAGGCAGACUCAUUGCUGGCUAGCUCGGCUGUGGCUUUGCAGGAUGGGCUCCUUCUCGAUGCAGCAAGCCACAGGCAGCAAUGGGAAAGCCAAUAUUUUUCAACUGCUUUUUAAAAGGAGUCAUUUUUUAAUUAGUGAAUCCAUUCUGGAGAAGUGUUGGAGUUUUACAAUGUUGUAGCUGUUCUUGGUGUCUUGCCUAGACUUGGAUGUUCUGGCCAUAAGAAAAUAUUAUUUAUGGCGUUGCAGCUUGCAGCUCUUUUAUAUUAUAAUUUGAGAAAGGAAGUUGCUGUUCCCACCAGCGGACAAAAAAAAAAUAGCAGAAACAAGGACUAUGGACUUCUGAAGCAGGCAAAUAAAUAAAAUUUAAGAGGCAGAAUGGAAACAAACCACUGAGCCAGCCUUGAAUCUUUGCACUCCUGAACAAGCUCAUCCCAGCAUCACUAUCAGUUGUGCUGGAUGCUGUAGCCAGACCCCUGCCCAAAUGGCAAGGCCAGAGCAGCAGUGACCCCCUCAGCACUCCCCUGCUCAGUGUUACAUGUGUUCCUAAACAUUUGUGGAUCAGGCUUUUUAUUCAUGGGCUAAUGCACACUUGUUUGCUCAUGCCUUACUCAGCCUAAACUCCUAUUGAACUCAAUUAAAGCUGUCAUCUCCAGGA